AUGAGCUGCAUAAAUGUACCCGGCCUAGUGAAACAAUACUGCUACAUCGACAGCCUGAUGGCCGACGGCACCUGCCAGGACGCUGCCAUCGUGGGCUACAAAGACGUGCCGUCUGUCUGGGCUGCCGCGGGCAAGACCUUCGCCGGCAUUACGCCAGCGGAAGUAAACGUCCUGGUAGGAAAGGACCGAGACAACAUGUUUGUGAACGGGCUGACGCUUGGGGGCCAGAAGUGUUCCGUCAUCUGGGACAGCUUGCACACGGACGGGGAGUGUACCAUGGACCUGCGGACCAAGAGCACAGGCGGAGCCCCCACCUUCAACAUCACAGCAGCCGUGACCAGCAAGAUGAUAGUCCUCAUGAUGGGGAAGGAAGGUGUCCACGGCGGCUGCAUGAACAAGAAGUGCUUUGAGAUGGCCAACCACUUGCGGAGAUCCCAGUAUUGA